UUGGCGGGUUUCAUUGCGUCUGAGCGACCGCGCGACGCGUCGGUCAUGUCACUCGUGCUUACGUUCCAUGAUCGUUUUGCAUAGUUGUGUGCGUACGUGCGUCGCGUUUAACCCGGCGGCACUCGGCAGUGUGCGGUGGUGCUUCGAGUGUUCGAUUGCGCGUUAUUCUCGCGCGUUAAAUGCAGACUUUGUCACAUAAAACUUACGUUCGCGACUAUGGCGCAAUUACGUUACACCCGUAACUUAUUCCUGCGCGGGAUUUGCAUUAUAUAUCUGUUCGCGUUUCUCAGCUUCUACGUGCAGAUUCCAGGAUUAUAUGGUGACAAUGGAAUCUUACCAGCCAGGACGCAAUUGGACCUUAAAGCACGCGCAACAUUAUUGAAUAAAAUGAAACAAAAACCAACGUUCUUGUGGUUCGCGCCAUAUCUGGGGUUAAAUAUUGAUUAUAUGCUGGAUGUGCUGUCUCUUCUUGGAGUUAUUCUUUCUUUUGCAGGAUUCGUUUCGCAGAAAUUUUGCAUUGCGCCAGUAUUUGCAGGACUGUGGUCUUUAUAUUAUUCUUUGUACCAGAUCGGUCAAACAUUUAUGUUAUUCCAAUGGGAUGUUCUAUUACUGGAAGUUGGUUUUCUAUGUAUAUUUGUGGCACCGUUGUGGUAUGCUUAUCGCGGAAAUCCAAGCGAUUAUAUAACACUCUGGGCUGUGCGUUGGUUGCUUUUCCGCCUUUUGUUUUCUAGUGGAGUGGUGAAACUUACUGCAGGCUGUCCAGUCUGGUGGAAGUUAGAUGCACUAAAUAUCCAUUUCGAAUCACAAUGUAUACCAACUGCUCUGGCAUGGUAUGCACAUCAUUUGCCAACAUGGUUGCUUCGAUUAUCAACCGUUGCUACAAACGUUAUCGAGCUUGCUAUACCACUUUUAUUUUUCUUCCCAAACAGAAAAGUCAGAAUAAUAGCAUUUUAUUUGCAGGUUCUUCUACAAAUCUGUAUUAUUGCUACUGGAAAUUACAAUUUCUUUAAUUUCCUUAUGAUUUGUUUAUGCAUAUCCUUACUGGACGAUCAAUUCUUUUACAAACGAAAAUCUAAAAAUAAUAAAUCUCGUAUUAGAAAUUAUCUUUCUACACUAAUAACUAUAUUGGUUUAUGGAGGAGUAAUGUACGGGACAUAUAUUUAUUAUGGCCUUAAGAUAAUUGAUAACUGGACCAUUGAAUCUAAUAUCACAUUUACACAGGAGGAAUUUGGUUACAUUCUCUAUCACGUAGUAGUAUUUUCGAUAUAUAUCGGUCUAAUAUCCUUUGCAUUAACGUUAGUUCCGAUGAUUAAUUCUAUAUUUUAUACAAAAGAAAUGCAUAAACUAACUGAUAAAUUGACAGCAACGUUACUUACACUUGUCUAUGUCCUUUCUAUAGCUUGUAUUUUUGCUAUAAGCAUUGUACCAUAUUCCUCUUUAUCUAAAACGUUUAAUUCGACAAUGAUUGAUCAUCUGACUCCACUGACUCGAUUACAUUCAAAAGUAGAUCAUCUUCAUAUAACGAAUAGGUAUGGACUGUUCAGUCGUAUGACAGGAGUCGAUGGCAGACCUGAAAUUGUGAUAGAGGGAAGCGACAGUAUUGAAGGACCCUGGAAGGAAUACGAGUUUUUAUAUAAACCAGGAAAUGUUAACAAUUCAUUACCAUUUGUUGCACCCCAUCAACCUCGUCUUGAUUGGCAAAUGUGGUUCGCUGCGUUAGGUACAUAUCAACAAAAUCCAUGGUUAAUGUCACUAGCCUAUCGUUUAUUGACUGGACAGCCCGAGGUACUAGCUCUAAUGAAUACUGUUGAAAAUCCAUUCCGAGAUAGACCUCCGAAAUAUGUUAGAGCUAGUCUUUAUCAUUAUCAUUAUACACCAUGGAGUCAAACAUCGAAUACUCGUGCUUGGUGGACUAGAGAAAGAAUAGGAGAGUAUUUCCCAACAUUCAGCCAAAAUCACUCUCCACUUAUUGAAUUUUUAACAAAAACAAUGAAGAUUCUUCAAGAGAAGCCAGGUUUUAAGGUCACAAAUGAACCACUCAAACUGAUUUUGGACAAUCUUAGAUCUUUGGUCAGUAAAGUAGAACCGAGUCUAAUAUUAUGGAGCGUUUUCACAGCCGGUUGCGCAAUAAUCGUAACAGGUUACAGCAAUUCAGUAUCGAAAAAAAAAUAAUUAUAUUGAGCGAUAAUCAUUAUAAAAACUUAAUAAGUUACA